AUGCCUACGAAGUCAAAAGGCGAAACGUUGAGGGAAUUCCUCGUGGUUGGGCGUAAGUUGCCGUCUGCAAAAGAGUUGAAUCCACCAAUUUAUAAGAUGCAAAUCUUUGCAUCAAACCAUGUGAUUGCAAAGUCUCGGUUUUGGUAUUUUACAAGUAUGUUGCGACGAGUUAAGAAGGCGAAUGGAGAAAUUCUUGAAUGCAAAGAAGUUUUUGAAAAGAAACCUGGAUACGUCAAAAAUUAUGGCAUUUGGCUUCGGUACGAUUCGCGCACUAAUCAUCACAAUAUGUAUCGUGAGUACCGAGACAAUACUGUUGCUGGAGCUGUAACACAGUGUUAUCGGGAUAUGGGUGCCCGUCAUCGGGCACAGGCUGAUCGAAUUCAGAUCAUCAAAGUGCAAGUGAUUAAAGCUUCUGAUUGUAAGCGUGCAGCCAUUAAACAAUUUCACAAUUCGAAGAUUUGUUUCCCACUACCACAUCGCAUCGCAAAGAGAAGAAAUGCUGCUAUCUUCACUACUCGUCGUCCAAGAACACAUUUCUCAUAA